AUGAAUGCCACCGCCACCAAUACAAUAAACCUUACAACAACACCGACACCACCCUCCCUGUUCAAUUCCAACACCACCAACAAGAACAAGAACACCACAACCACCACAACCACAACCACCACCAGUUUCAGUUUCAACUCCCAUAACAGCACUGAAUUGAUGUUGAUGCAUUUGAAUGGCGGUGGUAGUGGUAGCCGUAAACCGAACGACAACAACACUAACAAUAACAACAAACAUAACACCAACAGCAACAACAGCAGUCAGCGCAAUAACGGUAACCGGCAACAGCAACAGCAGCAGCAUCAGCAACAGGUCAAUCGUAAAACACAGCUAGUACCAACAGCGACUGCAGCAGCUCGAGCAACCGACUUGCAAUCCUUACUGAACUUACCACCACCUCAGACACAGCAACAGGCAGCGGCUGCCGCCGUUGCAGCAGCAACUUUAGCAAAUGCAGCUGCUGCUGCAUCACUUGGCGCAUUCGGUAGCAGCGGCGGAAGUCAGCAAGCAGGUACUGCAUCAGCGUCAGGUCGUAGCCCACUACCUACACAACCGCAAACACAGGCGCUGAUCAAAACGGCCAGCAAAUUUAUUUACAACAAGCCGCGCAAUCACUUCGAACUUCUGCAGCAGCGUUUGCAGAUGCAACAGGAAUUUGCACAAUUGCUGACGAGCGUUGCGGCGAGCAGCGCAGCAGCUGCCGCAGUACAACAGCAAGCGCAGCAGCAACAACAACAUCAGCGGGGACGCGGCGGUGGAGCAGGUAGUAGCAAUUUUGGGAGUACGGCCAGCAGCAACACCCGCGCAGCCCAAGCAGCUGCGGCAGCAGCAGCAGCGGCAGCGGCAAAAAAUUCAUUAUCUUCUCUCUUACCCUAUUCGAAUUGGUUCUUCUAAGUUAUACUUCAUUUGCUUUUUCAAGGUUUCUUUAAUAGUUUUAAGUGCAAAAUGCUAAUCGAUUAUUAACAAAAUUAAGUUUCUGAAUUUUAAACAUUUAUGUUAAUGUUUCUUUAAUGAUAAGUUAUAUUUAUUGCGUGCAAGCAAUAUUUAGCGAGAUAAUAGAAUUGCUUUGCUGAAUUUGGGAAUUAACGCUUAGAUAAAUUAUUUCAUUUAGAUAUCAUCCGCAGCUCGCUCUUUUCAAGAGUACGUUCUAUUUGGAUGCCACGGGGCUAUAUUUACUGUUAUACAAUAUUUAUUGUUGAAUGCCUAAUUUACAGUUCUUAUUACAAAAAGAAAGAAUGUUUAAUUGCCAGCAUUAUUACCCUUACGUAGUCUUAAGCUCCUCAAACGCGUUUGUUUGAUAUCUCUCACAACAGCUAAAAUAAUUUUCAGUUAUUCGAAAAAAAUUUUGUUACGUUUUUUGGUUGAUGGUUAGUUUAAAUUUAAUUUGGAAUGGCACUUUGGAAUGCUGAAAUUUUUUUUAAUUGAACGUUAAACAGUCGGAAUAUGAAUUUGAUAAACACAUUUUUUUAAGUAUUUGCAGCUUUCAAGUUUUUUGAAAAUUUUCAUAAUACUAUCUUUUAAAAAUUCAAUAUCAAACUCCAUAAUAUUUUUUAGAAAUAUUCUGGAAGAAAUAAUGUACUUGUGCAAAUUUUGUGGAGACAAAGCGCUAGCAUAAGGGUCACUAUCACAAAAGGUAUAUUAAAAUUUAAUAUGCGUAUAACUUUUUUAUAAAAUUCGGUGAAGCUCAAAACCGUUUUAAAUAAUUUCCAAUAUGCAGUUUUAAACAAAAGUUUUUAGCAAGUUUCUCGAGGGCUGUAAAUUGGCAACGUUUUUUUUUUUUUAAAGAUAAUUACAAAUGAAUACGAAUUCCGAUACUGGGAAGUAAAGCGAAAUCCAAUAAUAAACAUUUUUAAUUUUCAGCUGAGUUGUAGAAUAGAUAUUAAGUUGAGCUAGGCAAGAUUGUACAUUUUUAAUGUGAAAUGCUUAUUUCUCACAGAACCUAAAAUAAUGUUUAAUGAUAACGAUUUCAGUGUUUCUUAGGUUUGGCAAGUUUCGAGAAACGUCUCGAAAUUAAGGAAAAAGGACAGUAUAUUCCAUUUUAACGAUCGGAAGAGACAGAAAAUAAGCGACUUCAAAAUUUAAUAUUAUUUUUAAAGUCGACUUCAAUUAACUAAUGACUCAGAAAUGUUGUUUUGAGCUUUAAACAAAUGCCCUACGUUAUUUACGAGCUUUUGACCCGAUAUAGAAAUACGCAGCAGAUUUAAAUGUGUCUUAUUUCAUAUUCCUCAUGCGUUUAUAUUAAUUUUCGGCUAUAUCGAAAAAGUUUUAUUUACUUUUUGCUGCAUUCGUAAAGUUUCAAUUAUAAAUUUUGGAUAUUGAGAAUUCAGUUAUGCCAUUUAAUAUGUAAUAUUAAAUUCAACAAAUUGUAUAAUUUCACCUGAUUUUCAAAGUGACAUAAAGCGUAUGAAUAAUAUCAAGUGUUUCACAUAAACAAAUCUUUAGUAAAGUCUACAGGCCAGUUUUAAAAUCGUGAGUAUGUGAGCAUUAUUUAUGAAACAUACAACUUGGUUUUUUUUUCAAUUGCUUUUUAACUCCCACGUAGCACUAAAUAACUAUGUAUGAACGUCACUUUCAAAAAUGUGCGCCAUUGUACUUACGUAAUAAGAAAAAGUAUAGCUUAAAAAUAUUUAGCUUAAUUUGCAUAUUUCGAUGAUCAAGUUGUGAACGAACAGCACUUUAUAUUUACAUAUAUAGAUAUACUAAUCAAUCAAUCAAUCUUUCUCUAAACAGUUGAAGCUAUUCGCAAACUUGACGUUCUUCGUUUUUAUAUAAGUAUUUACACGUAAUCUUAAAUUGAAACAAGGAUAAUAUAAAAACCAACAUGUGUGUGUACGUAAGCUAAAUAACUAAUAAAGUAAAAUUAAAUUUUAUACGCAACUAAAUGUGAGACAUAGGUAUGUGUUUGAAAAGCAAAAGUAAAAACAGAAGCGAAUUAUGUGUGUGUACUCUUUGCAAUGGGGUUUCCCUCAUUUCUAAAAUAAAAACAAUAAUUAAAGAAAAUAUGUGAAUCUUACUUGAAUUUUGAUUUGAACUUUCUAAUCAUUGUUGCUAAGUAAUUUAUUUAUUUCGAGAGGCUAACAAAAAGGGUACAUCUACACAUUUUUUGAAGAUAUCAAUUGCAAAACUAAAACUCGAUUCGUUAAAGUAUAUAAAAAGCUCCGUUAAGCAACUGGAUUGUAAAAAUUUUUCAUGCAGAAAAAUGAAUUUCUGACCGAGAGCAGUCUUUACAUGCCUCAAUUUUGUAUUUGUUAUUGUUUUGAAAAACUCAACAAGAAAAAAAGUAUAUACAAACAUAUAAAUGAGUAUAAAAUGCUUAGUACUUUAAAUUACUACACAAUUUUCGAAUUUUUCACUAAUUUCCUUAUUUAUAUUUAUGUUAUAGUUUUUCUUGCUUUUCAAGUGCUCUGUUGGAAAAUACAAAAAAAACAAAAGGAAUGAAUUUAAAAAAAUGAAUUAUGUAGUAGCAAAUGAGGAAUAAAUAUACAAUUAAAUAUACAAAUCAGCGAGAAUAUGUAAACUACGUAUAUAUAAAAUAAUAACGUAUAUAUAUUGUAUAAAAUUUACCCAGUUAUAUAAUACAUGUUUAUAAAAAUUUACAAACAGAAAUUGCUAUGUU